AUGCGGUUGAGGGAAGAGGAGGACAUGCGACUGAAGCGCUUGCAGGAGAGCGCACAAAUGUCGGAGUGGGUGGCGAAGGAGGGGGAUUUCAGGCUGGAGCAGGAGAGGCGGCGAGCGGCGAUUCGCAUCAAGGAGAAGAGGGCGAAGGCCAUCGACUUCUUGGCGAUGAACCUCAAGUAUGUGAACCCGCCUACGGAAGAGGAAGAAGAAGAGGAGAAUGAGGAUGCAGGUCUGGAGAUUGACUUGGACGAGCCGUACAAGAUAUUCGAUAACCUUACGCCCGACCAAACUGAGGAGCUUCACGAGGAUAUCGAGCGCUAUCUCACUCUCGAGCACAGCGACGUGAAUAUUGACUUCUGGACCAACAUGAUGGUCGUCUGCAAAGAUCGCCUUGAAAGGAUAAAGGCCGACCAACGCCUCGGUCUUGCUGCUGCUGCGGCGGUUGAAGCCGAUAUAGCCGCCCUGUUGUCGGGCAAGACUUACGAGCAGCUAUCCUCACUGCAGCGCCAGGUCCACGAGAAGUUGACGAGCGGCGAACCUGUGGAUACAGAUUACUGGGAGGGCCUGCUGCAGAAGCUGUUGGUCUGGAAAGCCAAGGCCAAGCUGAAGAGUCUUCACGAAGUGGUCGUCCGCAAUCGCCUGGAGCAGUUACGAAAGCGCCAGCGUGACCAGGCCUUGCAGGCGCAGGAAGAGCUAUUGGGAAAGGCGGCUGCUGCUUCCAAGCUUGUGCAACCUGCUGUACAGGACGUGGUCGAGGACGAAGCGGAGCCUUACGAUCGAGCUAUGAGUCCUCAGCCCAUUGACAUCCUCAAUUUGCCUGCAGAGGAGCGCGACAUUGACAUACUCACGCAGAAGGAGGCUCUCGCCGCGCUCAUCCGUCAACGUCGCGAAGUUGCUGCCUCGCGCUUUGUCGCCAAGCCCUCCCAACCCGUUGUCGAAGAGCCCGAGGUCGUCGCGGAAGAAGCGCCCAGCAACGCUGACCUCGCGUCCGAGGCUCUAUAUCGUGCGGAAGCCGAGAAAGACCUCGACGAGGAGGAGGAGUUGUUCAACAUGGAGGAAUCCAUUCAGCGUCCGACGACGUAUACCUGGGAAGACAAGUUCCGCCCGCGCAAGCCACGGUACUUCAAUCGCGUGCAUACGGGCUACGAGUGGAACAAGUACAAUCAGACGCAUUACGAUACGGAUAACCCGCCCCCGAAGGUGGUGCAGGGGUAUAAGUUCAACAUAUUCUAUCCGGACCUCAUCGACAAGAGCAAGGCGCCAACCUACAAGAUCAUCAAGGAGCCAGGCAAUGAGGAGACGGUGCUGUUGAUGUUCAGCGCGGGUCCGCCGUAUGAGGACAUCGCGUUCCGCAUCGUCAACCGCGAGUGGGAGUUCUCGCAUAAGAGGGGCUUCAAGAGCAGCUUCGACCGUGGAUGCCUUUCCUUGUGGUUCCAGUUCAGGCGCAACUUCUAUCGGAAGUAA